AUGGACACCCUGAGCAAAAAGCCCGAACAGCGGCCCGAGGAGAUUACGGCCAUUCUGUCGUCUCUGGACCGAUACAAUCCCGAAAAGAUCUCGAUUCUGCAGGAAUACGCUACCACCCAGUGUGCCGAUCAGCAUUCCGACAUCGAGGCCAACCUGGCGCUUCUCAAGCUGCUCCAGUUCCAGCAGCAGCCCAACCCCAACAAGGAGGACAUCAUCUGCAACAUUCUGUCCAUGGCCCUGGCCAACUUCCUGACCUCCGACUUCACUACAGCUCUGCAUGUUCUGCCCAGCUACGUGCUUGACAGCCCAGCUGCCGACACUCUGGCCGAGUCUAUCCAGAAGCUCUUCCACCUGUACACUCUUCUGGACGGCUGCCGAUUCCCGGAGUUCUGGGCCGUCUACGAGCGAGACGAUGCUCAUGCUGACAUUACCGCUGACGUUGCUGACUUUGAGAACCUGGUUCGAAUCUCCAUCACUCGAGCCGUCGACAUUUCGUCCCAGGCCAUUCACAAGGAUGUGUUCCGAUCGUGGCUCAAUCUGUCUGACAACAAGUUUGCCGACUAUGUCAAGGAGCUCGGAUGGAAGGUUGAGGGCGAGACCGUGGUGGUGCCUCCCAACAAGGAGAACGAGGCCAAGCCUGCUACCACUACUGAGAGUAUCAAGAUUGAGCAGAUUUCCAGACUGUUGAAGCGAACCAACGAGUAA